ACACAUGCGCAAUAGACAAUAAACGUACAGCCGACGCGCUAGAUCUGCAGUCAAAUAUUGAAUUGAUAUUGCAAUCCGUUGAAAUCAAAUCAUCAAUAUGUCGGCAUUACUGCAGAAGCCCAAGAGUGAGAUGACACCGGAGGAGCUCCAACAGCGAGAACAGGAGGAGUUUAACACGGGGCCCCUGUCAGUACUGACACAGUCAGUAAAGAAUAACACACAAGUCCUCAUCAACUGCAGGAACAACAAAAAACUUCUUGCCAGAGUAAAAGCAUUUGACAGGCAUUGCAAUAUGGUCUUGGAAAAUGUUAAGGAAAUGUGGACUGAAGUACCAAAAACAGGAAAGGGAAAGAAGAAAUCAAAACCAGUGAAUAAAGACAGAUACAUUUCAAAAAUGUUCCUGAGAGGAGAUUCUGUAAUAUUGGUGCUAAGAAAUCCAAUGGCAACAGGAAAGUGAAGAAAGUGUGAUCUAUGAACAGAUUAUCAUGCGUUCCAAAAUUUAACGCAAAACAUAUUGAGACAUCGGGGAAUGCAGACUGGUUACACUCUAAUAUACAUGGCUUACAGAACUCCUGGUGGUUCUUCUCGAACAAAAAGUCAAGGUGUUUUCUAGAUGGAGAUUCAUCAGAUUAAUAGUAUCUGAAACAUGGAGUUGUGUCCCAGUAUUCGAGAUACAGAGUUGUGUCCCUUUACUAUUUACUUAGGCUGAAUUGAUGGUCUGUACUACUCCCCUGGAAUGUGUGACAUGGUGUAUGGAAGUCGGUGUAUGUAGAGGUACAAUGGAUAAGUUGUAGCAGUAGCACCUCAUUUGGUCAUCAACUCGUAGUAAAUCAUCACAUUCUUUCAUUUCUCAUUCUUUUAUUAUAUGAGGAUUGGAUUCGGUCCUUGUAUCAGAGUCAAGAAUGUUUUCAGUUAAU